AUGAAAUAUUUCAUAAAUUGUCUUUUUGUAAAAGUAAUUCUUCUUUAAUCAGGGAGUAAUAACAAAAAAAUUAACUGUUAUACAAGAACUGAAAUAAAAUUAAUUUGUCCUAACGCCCAGCAAGAUAUUCAAUUCAAUUAAUUAAUUAGCUAUUUAUUUAGCUUGAGAUUGUAAAAGAAAGCUAAAAGUAAUAGAAAUUAAUAGAAAAUUGAAUAUAUUUAAAUCAAAAGGAAGGAGGACUUUAUUCAGAAAAUAACUUUGAAUCAGCAGGAAGGUAAGAUAGAUGUAAAAAAGCUAAAUGUAAUUCUAAAACAGUCUAAGAGAGAUAGAUGUGAAAAAUAAAAAUUAAAAAUUUCUGAAGGGCACUCAACUUAUACUAUGAAAACAAAUAGAAAAGAAAAAAAGCAAGAGGUUGAUAUUUAUAAAAGAAUUUUCAAAUUAACUAGAUCUUCAUAUAAAAGAUUCUAUUGUAUAUUUUGUUUAAAGCUAUAAAUUAUAAGAAAAACAUUGGAAUAUAUAUUUUAUCAAAAAGGUAAGGUAAGGUCUUCUCAUAAUUAAAAAUUAACAUACACAAGUUUUAUUCUUACGUAUUAUGCAUGA